GGUCGAUCUGCAUGUGGAAGAUUGUGCCCAAAUGUUUAUUUAUUAUAUAAAAAGAUACUCGUAGAGUGCGUUUAAGCCAACUAUAAAAAUGUCAUUAAAUAACAUCGUAUAAUUAUUUACAUAGAAUUUGAUAAUAAUGAUGAUUUUUUCAAAUUAUGGCUCGAAGAGGAAUCUUGGUCUGACUGUACUUAAUUUCAUGUUUUCGAACUAAGAAAUUGGUCCUCCUGACAGCUAAUGUAAAUGUAAAGCUGAUGGCCAGAUAGACAGCCAGAGAGCAAACAGGUGAAUCUGAAAAGUUCGCAACUGUAAUAAAAAAAUAAAAAUAAAAUAAAAAUAAAAAUUAUUUAUUCUCAGACAAUUAAUACAGUCCAUAUUUGUUAGUAUCAACUUACAACCUAUGUUAUGUUAUGUUACCUUCCGCACAAUAAAUUGCAUAAAUUAAAUAAGGUAACUUUAGAUUGCUGAUUAUCUUGGCCGAUUUACCGAACUGCACGUUUGUGAACAUGCAAUUCGGUAAAUCGUCCCAAAAUACCAGAAUCUAACCGCUCGGCUAUCAUUUUCAGGAUCCCGUUGGUGCUCCCGCGUAUACGGUGUACCACUGAUGCAUUCUUUUUUCGCCUAAUAGCAUAAAAAUCAUCUACAUGUGCAUCCGCAAACAUGCCAGAGGCAAUGUAAUAUUUAACGAUUCAAAUUGAAUGCACUAGAUUCUGCUCCAGCAACUAAAUGAAAAAAAAAAACAUAAUCCCAAAAACAACAUUUAUCUAUUGUCUACUUAUAAAUAUUUAAGGACUGAUGUAUCGAAAAGGGACUUAUCACGUAAAUACACUACGUUUCAUUUUUUUGUCACGAAGUUUGAACGUCAGCAUAUAUAACUACCUAAAACCACUUUAUUUUAUCCGCCUACGUCAAAAACAUGUGUAGAGUCUGUGCGGAAAGAAGGGUCGUGGACUAUCCUUUAGUUCGUUUUCAUAAUUACGAUUUCGUAAUUGGCUACGUAAGUGAAAUUAUUUUUCGCUGAUUCAUAAUUAAUUAUCAAAGAAGAAUGGGAAUCAACACAAUCCAUGAUACUUGUCUUUCCGCGCAGAGUUUCUUAAAGUUUAAUUGUAUAAUACAAACUUAUUCUUCGCAAAAUAUUAAUAUCCCGUACACACUUUUACGGAAGAAUCCCCAAGGUCAACAACAAAGCGAACAGAAUAGUCCCCGCAAAACUAGAUCGAGAACUCUCUAACAAUGCGGGGAGGAAAUAUGUAAUGAUGAUUGGCCUUAAAUUACCCUCUCAAAAGCGCCGACGUCCCGCUCACGCACCCCUGAUCAACCGCCACUCGUCCCUCUCACGCCAACAGGGAAUCUAUAUAAAGAACAACAGGUAGGCGCCCCGAGACAUUCCCCCGUGGGACACCCGACUGUACGCACCUGUUCGAGCUUACGUAAACACACACGAUGGCCGCCGAAACUUACGGACAUCGCUUAAUCUACUCCGAAAAAGACAUGUUUCCGUCUGAAGUCAUGUUGGAAUAUUCAACUGAAGACUGUUACCUGUCCUGGCCGAGAUCUCCUGACUCUGGAAGGUCGAGUUUAGAGCCGACACCUUCCAUGGACGGCAGCAUCAACCAAGAUUCUCCAAGCCAUAUUGCUUAUCGAGGACUGUCGCGAGAAGUUUUCGAAGACAGUGCAGAAGACUCAGAGUUGCUGGAAGGUUCUGGAAAAAGGAGAGGACGAGCGACCAGCGCUGCUGUGUUGAAGAGGAGGCGUCUAGCUGCAAAUGCGAGGGAAAGGAGGAGAAUGCAGAACCUCAACAAGGCUUUCGACAGACUCCGAGGCCAUCUUCCUUCGCUCGGCGCCGACCGUCAGCUGUCCAAAUACGAAACUCUUCAGAUGGCGCAAACGUACAUCGCCGCUCUCUACGAAUUGCUCCAAUAGGUUAUUACCCAGUGUGCCCAGUGUAGUGACAUGCCAAAAUUGUCUAGAAAUUAUAAAUACAGGGAUUUUAUUUAUUGUAAAAAUUAAGUACCAGAAUACUCAGUGUUACCAAUUAAAGCACUUAUUAAUUGACUUUGCGGUUUAAAGUGAGGUGUCUUCUAUCUUACACGCUUACCAUUUUGUGUUUUUUAAUUAAGUUUGCUUGUCAGUAUCCGUCCUACCGAUUUAAGUUAAUUUUAGAGUAAGUAGUUACUUUUAAAGGGUUUUCAUCUUGCCAUGAAAGUAUUAUGUCCAAACAUUCCUUGUAGUUAGGGACUUUGAAGUCAGUAUUGUAGAUAAAUUGUUAUUAUGCUAUUAUGUAGUAUAUUCAGUGGAUAGUAAUAUUAGUUAUGGCAAAUCCAGUCAAACAAUGUUUUUAUUUGUAAAUAUACGAUGUUUGAAUUUUAUGUGUGAUUUUCUAUUUGUGCUCUUGAACCCCUGAUUUUUUAAAGUCGCAACAAUUCGUGAUUUUUCUCCAAUAUAAACGACACACAGUUAAGUUAUCUAUGAUUUAUAUAAAAUGUAUUGUAAAAAAAUGAUCAAACUAUCAUAUCAUAUAAAAAUAUGAUAAUAUUAAUUAAUGGUGGCAUAUCUGUGUUCG